GUCCACUGGCUUCUGUCAAGGUCACCAGCGAGAUGCAUCAUGGGAAGCCGAGGAGGACACCAGGACGGAGCAGGGAGGAAGAAGGGUUCACCAUUAUCAUCCCCCACCACACUCGCUCACGCAAACUCCGUCCGCGCAUGCGCCUAGUCUUUUCGUUAACUGAGCUGACCAACUAACCGAAAUAAGGCUGUAUCCAUAAUAGGACAUAGACGCCGCCUCUCCUCACGGGAUGCGGUGAUGAUGCGGUGAUGAUGCGCAGGAGUCAUGAGAUCCUGCACGUCAAACUCUGAGGGGGCGCGGCCACAUUCACGGCAUCCCUGCGUCCUCAUUUCUCAUAGGCUGUCUUCAAACAGACUACAACUACGUGCGGUUCCCCUCGCAGCUCCCGUAUGCACAGCCUAUAUGAGAAAAGAAGGGAGGCACUGCCGCAAAAAGCCACCGCUGCAGCUCCUGUGUCCGGACUGGCAGUCACGACAGUUUUCAGCACCGACGGGCGGGUCCUGCGAAGCCUUUUAAACACCACCUGAAGCUCCCAGCUCCAGACUCCAUCCUGCAGUUUGGAAAUCCUAAAAUUUGCCCGGUGAUCGUCCAGACAGACUUGAAAAGAUGGAGAGUCAGGACAAGCAGGUCACAGGUUAUCUCCUGUUCUCCCUCGCCACCGCCGUCAUCGGCUCUCUGCAGUUUGGUUACAACACAGGAGUCAUCAAUGCUCCAGAGAUGAAACUCAAAUCUUUCUUCAACGUAACCUGGUAUAAGCGAUAUAACGAGGAAAUCGACCCUGGUGUUUGCACCAUUGUCUGGAGCGUUGCUGUUUCCAUCUUCAGUGUGGGCGGCAUGGUGGGCUCCUUUAGUGUUGGUGUCAUAGCUAACCGGUUUGGCAGGCGUCGCUCCAUGAUCCUGGUGAACUCUCUGGCAGUGAUCGGCGGCCUCCUUAUGGGCUUCUCCACCAUCUGUUCCUCCUACGAGAUGGUGAUCGCUGGGCGUCUGGUCAUCGGCCUUUUCUGUGGCCUUUUUACUGGCCUGACUCCCAUGUAUGUUGGCGAGGUGUCACCAACGCCGCUCCGCGGAGCUUUCGGCACUCUGCACCAGCUCGGCGUGGUUGUGGGCAUCCUGAUCGCUCAGAUCUUUGGUCUGGAAGCUCUGCUGGGUUCAGACAACCUGUGGCCUCUGCUGCUGGCCCUGACUGUGGCCCCCGCUGUCCUGCAAUGCAUCCUGCUGCCUUUCUGUCCCGAGAGCCCCCGCUUCCUGCUCAUCAACCUCAAACAGGAAGAGGAGGCACGCAACGUGCUUGUGCGUCUGCGUGGCUCUGAGGAUGUGAGCAAAGAUCUGCAGGAGAUGAAGGAGGAGAGCGCCAAGAUGGCCAAGGAGAAGAAAGUAACCAUCGCUGAACUGUUCCGCACGGCAGCGUACCGACAGCCCCUCUUCAUCGCCGUCAUGCUGCAGCUCUCCCAGCAGCUGUCAGGAAUUAACGCUGUGUUUUAUUACUCCACUGGGAUCUUUUCCUCAGCUGGUGUGCAGAAGCCGAUCUACGCCACCAUCGGAGCCGGCGUCGUCAACACCAUCUUCACCAUUGUUUCUUUGUUCCUAGUGGAGAAAGCAGGGCGCAGGACUCUGCACCUCCUGGGACUGGGUGGGAUGGCGGUUAGCGCUCUGCUUAUGACUGUGUCCCUCCUGCUGGAUAAAAUCCCUGGUAUGAGCUACGUGGCCAUCUUGGCUGUCAUGCUUUUUGUGGCUAUGUUUGAGCUGGGCCCCGGUCCAAUCCCAUGGUUCAUUGUGGCCGAGCUGUUCUCCCAGGGGCCCCGCCCGGCAGCCAUGGCUUUGGCCGGCUGCUGUAAUUGGACGGCUAACUUCCUGGUUGGAAUGAGCUUCCCCACACUUCAGGGGUGGUUGGGCCCGUGGGUGUUCCUCAUCUUCACCGGCUUACUGAUCGUCUUUUUCAUCUUCACAUUCAUCAAAGUGCCCGAGACCAAAGGCAAGACCUUCGACGAGAUUGCUCGUGGCUUUAGUAGCGCCGCACCUCCUCCUUCCUCGUCCGCCGAGGAUCCUCCAGCCAGUGCCAGCACUGCUGUGACACUUCCUGCCUCUCCUGUGAAGGAGAAGGUCCCACUGGUGGAGGCACCAGCAGCAGCUCCAUCUCCGGUGGCUGAGACCACACCUCUUGAAGCUAAACAGGAGAGCAAGUAGAGCAGGUGUAGAUGAGGUUUUAAUGGAUAAGAGAGGUUAUAAACGAAGGAAGAGCCACAGCAAUUUUAGACAUACUCUAAAUUGGAACUAAAGCUUAUUUUACAGCAGGCUUAGAUAACAAUAGCGUUACGAGUUCAUGGGUUUGUACCUUUGAAAGGUCCUACUUUCUGCUCUCAUCAUCGCACUUUGGACUUCUUGUUUUUCUGAACGUUCUCACGCUUCCUUCUUUUAAAUCCUCUCUUCCUUUGAAAAGAAACAUACAUUCCUAGGAAUUCAACUGCACUCAUUGACAGUGUGACUCUUUUUCAACACGGCAGUGAGUCUCAGGAUGACACACUGUAAAACAAAAUUGAAGCAGGCGCGGGUAACAGUCAAGGUGAAAGGAUGACGCUUUUAUGAAGGGGUGUAGGUGUCUCCUUAAACAUAAUGUUUGAGUUCAGGCCUGAGUGAUGUUAGAAUAACAAUGAUCCACAUUUUUUUAAACUGACACACUUCUGUUUAAAAUAUUAGACAUGUGUCGUAGUGGGCAGUAUAGUGCCGUGUAUAUUUUAGCUGUAGUUCAUAUAUUAUUACGUAUAUGGAAACGUUCUCAAAUCGCAGGUCUGAAAGGAUAAUUGCAGUUUCUGCUUUCAGCAUUUGAUUAAGUGCUCACAGAGAGCUCUGAAGAGCAAAGCCAAAGAAAUGGUGAACACACAACCUGAAAUCGGCUCUUCACGGCGGGGAUUUAACAGCCGCACAGGUCACGCUAACUGUAGAAAUUCUGAAAGCUCAUAAGAUGGCCAAAGCUGUAAUCCAGUAUGCCUUUGCUUACUUGGAGUUUGGCGCCACCCUCAGUAAUAACUGACAAUUGCAGAGGUGUUCUGCUUCAUCUUUGAUCUUAGAGUUGAUGUAGUUGGUGAUGAAUCCCAAAUUUACUCCAAAAAAUGUCCCGUUCACCAGAGAAUUUAAAGUUAUAAUUAUUCUAUAUAAUGUUUAUAUAGACACUGAAUAUAUACAAAGAAUUAUUAUUUUUAGGACUGUGCCCUGUAAACAAAAACCCUUUUAAUUAUUUUACACACGUAGAUUACGGUGCAAUGUAUAUUAUUUUGUUAAAGGGAAAAUUAUCAUAGUAUUUAUAACCUUAGAAACUGAUUUUUGUAUAGAGUAUAUAGUUAGAAAUCAAACAAAGAACUGUAGUGCUUUCCAGAUUUGCCCCAAGGAGGGAACACAGAGUUUGCAAUAAGCUCUGUGUCCAUCACCUAAAAUGUAGCUCAGAGAUUUAGAUGCAUUAAUGCACCUUGUUAACCAGAGAAGCGGCAACGCAAGCAAUAGAGCCAAAAUCAGCAACGUAGAAGUCAUUGAGCACAAUAGCGCUUUAUGUCUAACCUACAGAAUAAUCGAAACUAUAUUUACCUGCAGAACACUUAUAUCUGUCAGAGCUGAUGUUAGAAUAGAUAAAAAGUCCUAAACUCUCAGUGAGCUGAGAAUGGGCAGAGACCAUUAAAGGGGGAAGUGCUAAUACUGUAAGGAUAACGGGUGACACAGCUGUCUGUGAUGGUUCAUGGGCUUUUAUUUUAAAUUAUACUUUUUUCCACAAAGGGAAAAUGACAUAGUGGACAUUUUUUAGUAUUGUGUUUUCGUUCUGAAAUGGAACUGUAUGUGGUUUUGUUUUUAUUUAUAUUCAGAAAUUGCAAAGGACUGACUGGGGCUUUAAUUCUACAAAAAACAAAAAAACAUCUGGAAGCAGCUGGUCUGGAUGCAGGACCCAGUGAUUGGAGGGCAAAACCUUUUUUUUCCAGCAGACUUUAUUACCUAUGUGCUCCGAAUGCUGGAGUUUUCUUUAAAGCUUUCUUUCUGUUGUUUGAUUACGGGAACACUCAGAGAACCGAGGUUACGUAACCUCCAGCGCAUCUCAGCUCGCUCUGAGAAAGUGCGUUAAAUUAUUUUAUCCUUCAGGUCAAAAUGAACUUCAUCUUUCCUCAUUUCUGCUAAUUUUUCCCAUACGUGCAUCAGAUUUGUUAACGUGACAUGAAGAAUGUCUUCAAAUGCUUUAAAAAUCCUUCGAAUGGCCCAAAUGCACUAAAACGAACCUUUGACGCAACACUGUAAGAGUAUAAAAAUUGUUUAUUCUUACAAAAGCUGUAAGACUAAAUGACUUAAUAAGCAACAAGCAGUCUUGUGUAUUUCAUACAUUAAUAGUGAUUCCCACAUAAUAACAUGAACAUUAACAACCACGAUUUGUAGAAAUGAGACCACAUCUGUGUGGUGUGAGUCUGGCUUUACGUGCUUGGGUCCAGAUCCUGCCAACAUUGUGACGCUUUGUCUGAAGAGUAGCACCAUCAGCCAUUACAGAUUUAUGUAUUCCAAACAGUGUGCAGUGUGUGUGGUGUAGACAUGUGUGACACAAAGUAUAUUUUAUACAUUCUGUCGUGACUGCGUGAAUUCCUGUAGUUUCAUGAAAAAAGCUAUUUUCACUCAUGCUGCACAACAAGGAUAUAUUUAUUGAUUUAUGUAUUUAUUUAUGAAUUUAUUGUAAUUAUUGUACACUGGCAGAAUAUUUGUGUGGACACGACUUCUUUCAAUGCUACCUGCCUCAUUUAAAUGGUGGAAAUAUAUAACUUUGCAGACCUGUUGAACUUGAGAGAUUUAUUGAGAGGAAUAUUUCUUGCAAUGAGGGGAUUGUUUGUGCAGUCAUGACUUUGUUGUGUAUUGCUGUAUUUGUGGGUGAUGUACUGUGCUUGCAUUGAGGGAGGGGUGCGGUACGCUCCUUCUCGCCGGUGGUGUUCAGUGUUGUGUUUAGUCUCUCGACCCUGUUUAGUCACACGCAGCUUCUUCAAUGGCACUAACACUGAGUCUGAUAUUUAAAGUUCUUUCUGUUACACAGCCUGCCCUGUUGGCCUUUUGUGAUACAGGAUACCUCCAAGAUUUGAGUUCACUGCUCUCAGCAUUGAGGUCACGGGUGGAGCAAAAUGUUUAAAGUGGAGUUUAAAAACGUACAGCUUGCUUUUGAUGUGGAAGGAUUGGAUUUUUGCAACCUUCAUGACAACACUGUAACAAUAUUCCAGUUAAUAUUUGCAAGCAUGAAUCUGUUAUUUUACAGUGUUCCUACUGUAAUCUACAACAACAGUUUCCUGCUGUAAAAAUAUUACAGCUCUGUGCAGUAUCUAAUAUUCAAAAUUACCUGUAUUUUCACAGCUGUUUUGUAAACUUAGAACCUCUUAUUCUAACUGUGGUGGAAAAGUGAAUAUUGUUUGUUAAAGUUGGCAAAACUUCUUCAACAGGGCUUUAAAACCUGAAUGAUUUGGGGUAACUCAGCCCUGAUUCAACCCCUGCUUUGACUGCAGUGCAUCCCAAAUGUAUUUGAAAGGAUUUAAAACAGAUAUAUGGACCCAGGCUCACACUGCUCCCAACAGCUACUUUAUGCACAUGUACGAACCCAAAACCCUCAAAACCUUCCACUUACUGUACAAAGAUAGUAUAGCUGUUAAUUUGUAAAUAUGUAUUUUUUAAUAGAGUACUAUUUAUAUGUUGACUUUGGCCAUUGUAUGUGUGUUUGGUUCCUUUUUUAGUUCGGGGUGCACAUUGUCAUUACUGUAUCUCUCACUCUGCUUCUUUGGCUCUUAACAUCCAGCAGAUCACCGGUGGCCGUGUUAGAUUGUAGUUCGUCUAUUCUUCUGCUUCCUUUUUGGGUGUAAAGUAAGCAAAAGCUCCCUGAAAUGUGGUGGAUAUUAACCCAGCCCUAAUCAUUUAGAUCGCCUGAGAUCUGGUGGAUGUUAACUGGUUAACUAGUACCCUUGCACAUUGUACACAAUCUGCCUGUGAGUAAGAGUCAACUCACAGACUAACACUGCUGUCCCUGCUCUUUACUGUCCACCGGCUGUACGUGCCUGGUCACAUUACACUCAGAGGUGUUUAGCACUGCUCAGUUUGGUUAGGACUUUUAGCCAUAUUGUUACACUUGAAAAUUUCACAAUAAACUGUCAAAGCUUUUGUGUUUUAAACCAGCAGUUCUGGUAAUAUUCAUGCAUUGUCAUAGAUAUGAAUCUAUCACCAAGGAACAGGUCUCAACAGUUCACUUUGGCUGCUGUGAUCUUUGUUCUGUUUGUGUUUCCGGCGUCGGUUUGGUCCUAACGUGUGUUGUUGAUGUGUAAAUAGAUGUUUGAGUGUCAUGUACUGUAAUUCUGUUUGUGCCUCUCUCACUGUUAUUAAAUGUGUGUCUUUGUGAGAAAGCUUCCCGUUGCUUCCAGUAUGUUAGAAAGAACUCGCUGGUUUACUCAGUAACAAUAAACGAGGUUCAUCUGAAACUUGAAGGCCGUGCUGUGGUUAGUGACUGGGUGUUAUUUUAGACAUGUUUCAAAAAGCCAGUAUCUUUAUCCAUAGUCUUUGAGUGGCAGCCAAAAAUGAAGCCAAGUGAUAUUGAUCAUAUGUUUUGAUGGAAAUAGACCAAGCUGGUGAUUUAGCUUUUUAUUUUAUUUUAUUUUAUUUCUUUACAUUUUUCUGUGCAACAACAGUGAUGCACCCCGGCCUUUUUUGUUUGUACUGUACAAACCAGUUAUUAUAAUGUUGUUAAAUAAAAUAUUCAUCAU